CUUUGUCUACUUCAACUUUUGUCAGUUGGAACCAGAGCUGCUCAAUUAGCUGUGACUCCAUGAUGGCAAAUGUUACAUUUUGAAAACUAUUUAGAAACCAAGUCUAAGCUACAGUUAACUCUCCUGGAGGUUUGUGCUGCUAAAAGCUAUAAUGGAGUCCUGACAGUUUUUCCAAAGCAUGACGAUGGAAACUUCCAUUAAAAUGAGUUUAAUGGAUAUUACCAAGAUUUUCUCUCUCCUCCAACCCAAAGCUGAGGAAGAAGAUGGUUGUCAGCAGUUAAAUGAGGCCAUUGCUGAGAAUAAUCACAAACGUCUGGCUGAACUGCUUUCUCAAGAACACUACAGGAGAUGUAUCAAUAGCAGAAGUGGCUGGGGAAUACCAAGUACACCACUAAAAACUGCAGCUGCUCAUGGUCACCUCCACUGCCUGGACUGCCUCUUAGCCCAUGGUGCGGAGGUGGACAGCUUGGAUGUAAAAGCCCAGACUCCUCUUUUUACAGCUGUUAGUGGCAAACACCUUGACUGUGUCUCUGCAUUGCUCAAAGCUGGUGCUGACCCGAAUGGAAGCGAAUAUAACAACUGUUCUCCAGUGUUAACUGCAGCCAGAGAGGGAUAUGUAGAUAUUUUAAAAGAGCUUCUCUGUUAUGGUGCUGAGACAAAUGUCCGAGCCAAAGUUCCGGACUGGGCUUCCAAUGCCACAACAUGCCGAGGGCCUCUCUACAUCGCUGCCAUUUACGGGCACCUGGAAUGCUUCAAACUACUGCUGCUACAUGGUGCAGAUCCAGACUACAACUGUAAAGAUGAAAAAAUAAUAUCAAGGAUCAAACAGUCCAACACAGUGCUGGACACGUGUCUUAAAUAUGGAUGCCAAUCUGAAUAUAUUCAACUCCUUAUAGACUUUGGAGCCAACGUCUACAUCUCAAUGGCAGUUAUGGAUAAAACGAGAGAGAAGGGGGAGGCUAUAAUGCUGCUGCUUAGAGAAAGAGUCUUUCCCAAAUCACUGAUGUCUCAGAUUCGGCUUGCAAUACGGAAGUACCUUUCUACUGCACACAAAUUGGACUCAAUUGAUAUGCUGGAUAUUCCACAAAUCCUGAAAAAUUAUUUGAAACAUACCACUUGACCUGUAUGCUCUGUGUUUAAAUACUAUUAACAUUAGUUAAGUUGAGUCCUAUAUUGUACCUUUAUAUUUAUGUUUAAAACAGUUCACAGGUAAUACAAUUAACAUUAUAGCUUAUAAUUUAUAUAUUAAGGUAUUUGGAGGUAGGUCAAGGGCUUCAGGUUGUUUUUAUAUAAAAUAUUAAAAGAAAGUAAAAGUACAUACAACAUCUCUAUCUCUUACAUACAUAGUGGUAAGUAUGGUGUGAUAUAUCAACCCAGAUCACUCUAGUACAGAAUAGAAUUAGCUAUAAAAAGAAUCACUUCAAAGAAAAAAGAUAAAUAAAAAUAAAUAAUAUUCCAUUCAAUUAUUACUAGCACACAUUAAGCACAAAUUAUCUAAUUGGUUUUCUUUUCUUUUUUCAGUGUAACCUUUAAAAUCAGCAAUCACAAUAAUUAUGAAUUAACAUUAAACAUUAUUAAUGUUUGAAUUCAUUUUCAUUUUAUUUGUAUAGCAUUUUUAACAAUGAACAUUGUCUCAAAGCAGCCUUCAUACUGUCAGGUUGCUUAUUCCGUAUAAUAGGCUGUUUGACUUAUUUAUUUUUACUGUGUUUCUCCCACAUUCCCCCAAACUAGUGUGUAUGUUGCAUGGUGGUUUGCAUUUUUUACUUUUAUUAAAUUGAAUUUAAAUGAA